GAACAAUUGCUAAAGUUACAGUACAAUACAUUCUCUUUUCAUCCCACCACUCAACGCCCCGGUAAGCUCAUUUCAAUUUUAGCCGUAUUCAUCGAUACACCCCGCAUGGUCGAAAGAAUGGUGUACAAAACGAAGCUAUGCGUGCUCUAUCAGAAGGGCCAUUGCCACCGCCAGAGCUGCAACUUUGCUCACGGUGACGCAGAGCGACGCCGAUUCUCCGGUUCCUUCGAUGGUAGGAGAGACCGUCGUGGUCAUGACCUGAGAGAAAAGCUUGAUAAGAGAUAUUCUCCACCGCGUAGAUACUCUCCUAGACGAAUUAUAAGUGGAAGACAUGCAUCAUAUGGUGACAACCCAUUAAAAUCUCCUGAGAAAAGGAGUGUAAAAAAACGCCAAAAGAGGCAGCAGCCAGAUGGCCAGAGUGACUUCUCUGGAAGUCUGCAAACAUCAAAUGGGACCGGAGAUUACUUGAGGGACAAGAACUGCGUGUCCUCUGAUCCCAAAGACAUCCAUAAGAUAAGGGAAUUGCAUUCCGAAAUAAAAAAGCUGGAAGACCGGAAAAAAGGAUUGGAGGUCUACCUGGAAGAUAGAUCCCAAGAGGCAGAAAAUCUGACCUUUAGAGUUAAAGAUCUUGAAAUAGAGUUGAUAAAAGAAAAUGAGGAGUGUAAAAGGAUUACAAGCAAAAUUAAGAAGUUUACUGAAGCACAUAAGCGUCUUUCUCAUUUACACGAUGAAGUCAAGAGGUCAGAUGCUCAACUUCAAAAGCUUGGUGAAAAACUGAUCUUAAAUGCUAGUGGUGCAAGCGGAGAUGAUUUAAGUUUAAAUGCAGUAACAGAUGGAGAAGCUAAAAGUAUUUGUCCCACUAUCUGUGGCAACAUGAAAAAUAACAUCUCCCCACAUAAGAAAAGGUCACAAGUGAACGUGGCAGAUGGGGAGUCACCAAGUCAAGGUAAUGAGAAGAUAAAAUUGGGAGAUAACCCUUCUCGAAGAAAUAUGCUUCAGAUUCAAUAUAGUAAUGAGAAGAAAACGAAGGCAGAUAUUAAUAGCAAAAGUAGUUCCCAGAAUACUGAAUAUGAAGAAAGACCUAAAGGCUGGGGAAAUAUUUCUCCUAACAGGAGAAUAGUAGAAAAGGCCAAGGGUGUUUCUGAUGCUGCUUCCCUUUUGAUGCUGCCUUCGACAGGAAUGGCAGCUCAUGCAACGGAUGAAGUAGAUGUUGAAGUUGUUGAAAUGGAAGAAAAAUAUGAUAUGCUUGAAGAUUCUUCUACAGUAGUGGCUGAAGAGGCUGUUUAUGAUGAUAGAAAGUUGCUUUAUCUACCACCCCCCACCACCGCUUCCAACCUAUAAGAAUUCUCUGUCACAGUUCAAUGGUGGAGAUGAGAAUGUAGACGUAGAUGGGGGUGACGAAGAGACAGCUGAGGUGGAUAUAAUUUAAAAAACGUCUCCCAGUUCGAGGGUGAAGAUGAGAAGGUAGACGUAGAUUAGAUGACAAAGAGACAGCUGGGGUGGAUCCGUGGAUAUAAUAUAAUUUAAAUUAUUGUCUUAGCUCUGAUGCUUCUAACUUUAUUGUGGUAUAUAUACUCCUAGUUUUGGGCAUGGCCAUCUUAUAUUUACUUAUUAGUUGGACUAGAGAAACUCACAAAACGAGUCUUGUGCAUGUUUAGGGGGUUCGGUACGAUAUACUGAAUAUUUUCUUUCAUACCUUUGCCAUACCAAAACUUUCGGUAUACAAAAUUUAUAUACCGUUACCUUACCGAAGUUUCGGUAUACCGCAUUUCGGUAUACCAAAGUUUCGGUUCGGUAACGGUACAAUAUCAGUAAAUUACCAUGCAUGUCUCCC